GGUCAGGUUUCCUCCUUUGCUUCAACCUUUUCUUCUUUUCUUUUCAUCAACCAAGAACAUCUCGAUCACGAAACCUACUUUCACUAAAGAAUCAAACUUUACGUAUUCCGAACACAAAGUACCUCACCGUCUACCUACUUUCAGACACCUUCAUCAAUCCAUAUCUACCCACUCUCCACUUGCGCAUACCGAUAUCUGCAUACCUCGAUCCACGUUUCUACCAACUCAUUGAACGAACUCAGCAUACAUCUUAUUACCCCUCAUCGUUAAGACAUAAAACCUAUUUCAAGACAACUUGCUCCCUCUAAAAUAUAACAUGUCAAACCAGUAUGACCGAAAUGGAAAUGCAAUUGAUCGACAAGAUUACCAUAGAUUUGAAGAGAUGGACAAAAGCGUCCGCUUCGAUCCUAAAGCCAGACACAAAGACAUCAGAUCUGGCAGGUUCCCUGACCAGAUUAACAGAGAUAUGACACACGCAGAUCAAGAGAGGGAACGCCAAAUCCAGGCGCAACAAGAGAGGUCUCAACGGGAACAGGAUUAUGCACGAACACACCAAGCAGGCGGUAGUUCCAGUGCUGAUGGAAAGGGAAAGGGGGUCAAAAGGGCUUACGACCCUGUGAGGGACCCCGAGAACAGACGAUAGACCUCUGUGCGCUGUUGAAACUGGGAAUCCUAGUGACAACGACAUCGGCCAUUCCGGCGGCAAUAAAGAAAUUCGUGCCUUGGAAGAGUUCUCACUUGUAUAACAUAAAAUUUCCUUAACAUUGACGCAAGGCUUCAUUCACAUUCUUUCUCAUACGGUUGGGUCUCAGCAAGAUAGAACACAGGAAUAGACUUGCAUGUUUUCGGGGGGAGGGGGACCUAAGGAAUUCUAGGCGCAAUCGGAGUUCCACAGAGAGGAAUCAAAAAGGAGUAAUCAAAAUAGGCGAUUUGCGACCGUUACACUCAUUGUAUUUUCAAAUCGUCGGUUUUUUGGCAUUCGUUACAGUAGCUUGACCUUUUAUAGCUUCCAAUACUACGA